CUUAGUGCGGAGCUGUAGAAGUGCCAAGGAGUGCCUUAUUUAGCGCUACAUGGGCUCUUCUUUCCCCCCUGUGCUCUCUGAUGCCUUGAAUGUGCUCCAGUUCUAGUGCUGUUAUCUCUGAAUCACCUGGUACAUAGCAGCCAGGCAUCCAGCCCAGUGGUCCCAAGGAAUAGAAAGCAAUCCAGCUGCCGGCUUCCACAUCCCUCCAGGUUGCCCAGGAAUUUCAAUAUGCGACUGGAAGAAGUGGGGAACCUGCAGCAUGUGAUAGAGCGCAUCAAUGAUGGUGCUUUCUUUCUGGACAGCCAUCAACAUAACAUGGAUGUAGCUGGUACAGGAAAAUGCAACUCUGGUUUAAAGCCUUUGGAGUCCAAAGUAAAAAUCAUUCAAAGAGCAUGGCGGGAAUAUCUACAGAGACAAGAUCCUCUGCAUUCAAACUGCAUGGAGAAACGCAGUCCAUCACCAUCUUCGUUGUCCUCCGACAAGAUGAGCAGCUCCAUCAGUAUGAACACCUUUUCAGAAGGAUGUACUCCGGAUUACAGAGAGGAUGGCAUGGAUUUAGGAAGUGAUGCCUGCAGUCGCUCAAGUUCUGAAUCCAGCUCCAACAAAGUGACCCCUUGCUCUGACUGUAAGUCCUCACCCAGUUUGGAACUGGCUGCUCUAGAGGAUUAUGAGGAGGAGGACUUUCUUGUGGACAAAGUGAGCGAUGAGUGGGAAGAUGACGAUGAGGAAGAUGAGGUUGGUGUUGUGGAUGGCUUUCCUAAGGACAACUGCUUUGCAAGGAUAGGAACUGGAAGAAGUUUGGCAGAAGAGUUUGAGGAUGUUAAAAGUGGGACUGUUUCUGCCUCUAAUGGAAACCCUUCACCUAAGCACAAACUAAAUGGAAAUUUAGUUGUUGGGAGACCUCCAAGUAAAGGAAAGCACAGCCCCCCUAAACCACAGCUUAACAAUUGCAGGGGAACUUUUGUGAAUUCUUUUGGGGGUUCAGGCACACUCAUGAGGGAGGAACCACAACUCCCCACAAUGGACUGGGAGGCACUGGAAAAGCAUCUGGCUGGCUUACAGUUCCAGGAGCAGGAAGCAAGGAACCAGAGGCAAACAAAGUCGAACUACACAUCAGCUCAGAAGAAUGAAAGGGAAUCGAUCAGGCAGAAGCUUGCACUUGGGAGUUUCUUUGAUGAUGGCCCUGGCAUAUACACCAGUUGUAGCAAGAGCGGCAAACCAAGCUUAUCUUCCAGACUACAAAGUGGGAUGAACCUGCAAAUCUGUUUUGUAAAUGACAGUGGCAGUGACAAGGACAGUGAUGCUGAUGACAGUAAAACUGAAACAAGUCUGGACACUCCUUUGUCUCCAAUGAGCAAACAGAGUUCUUCCUAUUCAGACAGAGAUACUACUGAGGAAGAGUCGGAGUCCUUUGAAGACAUGGAUUUUAUCUCUAGGCAAAAGAAACUACAAGCAGAAGCUAAAAUGGCACUGGCAAUGGUUAAACCAAUGGCCAAAAUGCAGGUGGAAGUGGAGAAGCAGAACAGGAAAAAGUCUCCUGUAGCAGACCUUCUGCCACAUAUGCCUCACAUUAGUGAAUGCUUGAUGAAGAGAAGUUUGAAACCUACUGAUCUGAGAGACAUGACUAUUGGGCAGCUACAAGUGAUAGUCAAUGACCUCCACUCUCAAAUAGAAAGCUUGAAUGAAGAACUAGUCCAGCUUCUCCUAAUCCGCGAUGAAUUGCACAUGGAACAAGAUGCAAUGCUUGUAGACAUUGAAGACUUGACUAGACAUGCUGAAAGUCAGCAGAAGCACAUGGCAGAGAAGAUGCCUACAAAAUAAAGCACAAAGCCAUUGAACUUAGCGGGAAAAAAAGCUAAACUUUACUUUGCUUUUGUGGUUGUCAAAACGCCAAUGCUAAAGAUGAUUCACAAGGAAAAUCAGUGUUAGUCUUUGAUAAUGUCUGAAGCUUUACGUCCAGUGACUCGGCCUGUGCUUCCUAAUUUAUUUUAACUUUUUACUCGUGACACUAAAUAUUAGGCAUUUUAUUAAGAUACUAUGACUAUAUGUACAGUACUUAUGCCAUUACAGAUUAUACAGUAAGAGAGAGAGAGAGAGAAUAGUUACAGAUUUUUAUUUUUUUGGUUUUGGAGAUUUACGUUGAUCAGUAUUUUUCUUUUUGCCACUGUAGUUUCCAAACACAAAUGUUAUUGACGGUGCUAAAGAAGUCGACAACUACAUGCCUGCCUCAUUGUAACGUCGUAGCGCUCGGUAUAUUGUAAAAGUCAAUCAGUUCUCAACAUUUUGUAAAUGUUGAUAAUUGACUUCCAUUUUUAAUGUGCUAUUAUUCAAUUGGAUUGGAGAAAAAAAGUCACUUUCAAAGUUUUAUGUAUAAAUAUGUAAAAUAAACUUUAAACAUUUGUUUCGUA